AUGAUUGAGCCCAUGGGAAAUCAAUAUGUUGUGGCCAGACAAGUAUAUUCACAAAAUGCUUUUAGUGAAGAACAUAAGAAGAUGAAAAGACACCAUAAGACACUUUGGGACCAUCUCAGGAUAUGCUGUAGGUGCUCCUCACAAAAGGCCAAGAAAAUUGCCCUUUCUUUGUUCCCUAUAGCCACCUGGUUACCUGCAUAUCGUCUAAAGGAAUGGCUGCUCAGUGAUAUUGUUUCUGGCCUUAGCACUGGGCUGGUAGCUGUACUGCAAGGUUUGGCUUUUGCUUUGCUGGUAGACGUCCCCCCAAGUUAUGGGCUCUAUGCAGCCUUUUUCCCGGUCAUAGUCUAUGUCUUCUUUGGCACUUCUAGACACAUAUCUACUGGUCCCUUUCCAGUUCUGAGCAUGAUGGUGGGAGCAGUAGUUGCAAAAAAAGGCAACAUUGAUCACGUAACCACAGCUGCUUCCAUCACCUUUCUAGCUGGAAUUAUUCAGCUAAUCCUGGGAAUAUUAGGGGUUGGAUUCAUAGUUAUCUACUUAUCUGAGGCACUAAUCAGUGGCUUCACAACAGCUGCAGCAGUUCAUGUGUUGGUGUCCCAGCUGAAAUUUAUUCUCCAGCUUCCAGUCCCUUCACACUCUGACCCUUUUUCACUUUUCAAAGUUCUGAAGUCUAUCUUCACACAAAUUCAGAACAGUAAUAUUGCAGAUCUUGUGACAUCCCUCAUAAUGCUGAUAAUUGUGUUCAUAGUUAAAGAAAUAAACCAGAAAUACAAAAACAAACUUCCAGUACCCAUUCCAAUCGAAUUCAUCAUGACAGUCAUUGCAACAGGCGUGUCCUAUGGUUUUGAUUUCGAGCAUAGAUUUAAUGUGACAGUGGUUGGCAAAAUGGAAAGCGGAUUUCAAACACCUUCCUUACCUUCUAUGGACAUUUUGCAAGAUAUCGGUGAUGCCUUCUCCAUUGCAAUUGUUGGAUUUGUAGUAGCAUUUUCUGUUGCAAGUGUAUAUGCUAUUAAACAUGAUUAUCACAUUGAUGGAAAUCAGGAAUUACUGGCCUUUGGAUUGAGUAACAUAGUUGGUGGGUCAUUCAAGGGAUUUGCUGCAAGCACUUCACUUUCAAGAUCGGGCGUUCAGGAAAGCACAGGGGGCAAAACUCAGAUUGCUGGGUUUCUAUCAGCUAUUAUUGUUCUGAUCGUCAUUGUGGCCAUUGGAUUUCUUCUGCAGCCCCUACAAAAGUCUGUGCUGGCAGCUUUAGCUCUUGGGAAUUUAAAGGGGAUGCUGAUGCAGUUUACAGAAGUGCGCAGAUUAUGGAAAAAGGACAAGUAUGAUUGUUUAAUUUGGAUUUUUACUUUCCUGGCUGCCAUCGUCUUGGGCCUCGGUUUGGGACUAGCAGCUGGUGUUGCAUUACAACUCCUCACCAUUGUGUUCCGGACUCAGUUCCCAAAAUGCAGCACAUUGGCCAAUGUUGGAAGAAGCAACAUCUAUAAGAACAAAAAAGAUUACCCAGAUAUUUAUGAGCCAGAGGGGGUGAAGAUUUUCAAAUGUUCAUCUCCUAUCUAUUUUGCAAAUAUUAGUUUCUUCAAGAGAAAACUUAUUGAUGCUGUUGGUUUUAAUCCAGCUAGAAUUUUGCGAAAGCGCAACAAAGCCCUGAAGAAAAUUAAAAAAUUGGAAAAGAAGGGACAAUUGCAAGCAACACUAAAAGGAUUGAUAUGCACUGCUGAUGGUGUCAAAGACUCUGAUGAUGAGCUAGAUAACAACCAGAUAGAAGAACUGGAUCAGCCAAUCCAGACUACAGAUCUACCCUUUCAGAUAGACUGGAACUCAGACCUUCCCAUCAUCAUCCAAGUUCCCAAAAUCAACAUCCACAGCCUCAUUCUUGACUUUUCAGCUGUAACAUUCAUUGACACUUCUUCAAUGAGGGGCCUUAAAUCGAUUUUGCAAGAAUUUCUCAGGAUCAACGUGGAUGUGUAUAUUGUUGGGACCGACGAUGAUUUUAUGGAAAAGCUUGAACGGUGUGGCUUUUUUGACCAUGAGGUCCAGAGCUCAAUAUUUUUCCUGACGAUUCAUGACGCCAUUUUGCACAUUUGGAUGAAAAAGAACUACAUUAUUUCAAAGUUCAACCACAAUCAGGAGAAAGUCGAUUUUACUAUAAACACAAAUGGAGGACUACACAAUAGGGACUACCAGGUAUCUGUGGAAACAAAAUUAUAACCAAAAUAAAAUUCAGGGAGAUUUUUACCACACUGUUCAGUAUAGAAGAACAACUUUCUAUCCAGAGAAUCAUCAAUAAGUUCAUACAUCGUAUGAAGAAUAUUUUUACUACGUGGCAUUGUUUCAGUCUUUGGAACAAGACUUCUAACAGUAUAUUUUUCACAUUAUUAUAAAAUGAUAUACUCUUAAUUUUUUAUUUUACAGAUUUAUCUGACAAAAAGGGAAAUAAUUAUGUACAUAUAUUUGUAUUUAUAUAGUGCUGAUGGAUUCUAAUCCAAGUCACUGCAUUUGUAUGUAAGGGUUUUUACAAUGUGUUUACACAACUGCUUUGGACCCUGUAAUUUAUACACCUUUAUAAUAAUGCAUUUACACAACUGCUUUGAAUUCUGUAAUUUAUAACCCUAAACCUUAAAAUAUACUUUCACUUUUUAAAAUC